UUUCAGAAUCAACGCCUUCUCGAAUGGCGACAUUUGCUUGUGUCAGCUUGCCCCCACAGUUUAUCACACCUCCACCGUCAACGUCCAAUUGUACGCAGCACAUUGACAGUGACAGUGGAAGCAGAAAGUUGCCGGAAAAAAUGUCUCAAGAUGAAUUAUCCAAUCCGGCAGCUGCUGCAAACGAGGGUAUACGUCAAGAGUUUUUUAGGAAUUUUCUGAAAGCCACCGGUACGAGUGGCGGAGAUAUGAAGACCCUAGAAACAUUGGACGAUGGCGGCUCGACGUCAUCACAUCAAACUUCUCCUGAGUACCCGAGCCCUCCUCCGCCAAGCAAUUCUCCUCCUGAAUCAAUGGCAUCCCUUCAGGCAGAAUCACCGAUUGAGGAUGAGGACGCUCGUCAUGAAAUGACUUCAACAGAAGGAACGUCUUCUACUGGAACUGGUAGUCCGCAAGAGCCUAAAACAUGGAUCUCUCAGCCCGGUUAUCAUCCAGUGCCUAUCAGUGGUCCUCUUCCACGUCAUCCACAAUCUAUUCUAUUUGUUCACGUGAAUGAUGGAGAAAUUCUACAACUACAUCAACAAGGAAAUAACGAAGUUGUUGGAAAUCUUCUUGGUCCUGGAACAGUUCGCAUGAUUGGUGAACCCGGGAUGACAAACCAACCGCUUCCAAUUCAACUCCGCCACAAUCAACAGUGCCAUCAAUUUGUUGAUGAAGAGGGAAAUCUCCGCCAUGUUGUGUUGUCAGUCGCUUCGUCAGAUAAUAGCGGUCAGAGCUCGCAGGAACUGAAUGUUCCACAGCUUGUUGGUUCUCAACAACUGCUCAAUGCUAUUGGAGGAACUCCAACACAAAACGGUCCUGGAACGUCAUCUUCACGAGGAAGUGGCCGAGGAAAUCAUGGUGGAGGACGAAGAAAUUACGGAAAUCAGAGAAGUCUUCAUACGAACAACAACGAAUCAGGACAACACAGUCAAAAUGGGCACUCUGGACACCGUAAUGUAUAUUCUCGUGGCAACUACCGCGGCAAUAAAUAUAAUUCAAGAGGUCGUAUGGAUUAUCAUGGAAAAGCUCGUAACGAUAAUCCCAGUUACAUGGCUAAUAACGUGCAAGAGCUUCCGGAGCUCGCAGUGAAUACACAUGGAUCAAUUGAUUCAAAUGUUCAAGUGACGGCAAGCACAACUCAGGAUAUGGUUACACUAAGACAACCAACUCCAGUUAUGACUUUACCUCCACCACCACAACAAAGAUCGUUACUAGGAGAACCAUCUGGGCCACCAAUGGGUGAAAUGCAACCAAUUGUGCACGGAAUACCGUCUGCGCAAUCCGUAAACUUCCCUCCGCCAGGACUCCCAUUGUUAAUACCAAGUGUUCACGAGAUUCCACGGCAAGAUUUAAGCGUUAUGCCUGCAAUGAUGAAUGGGUCCGUGCAGUCAACAAUGAUGCAAGAUCCAAUGAUGCCCGGAACAUCAAUGGGAAUGAAUCCACAGAUGUUCGGUGUUCCUCCACCUCCUCCAGGCAUGAUGAUAUUGUCGACUGAUGCUGCCUUUAACAACAACAAGUGGAUACCAUAUCAAACCUUGGGGGAGAAUGAACGUCUACUCAAAGUACUGUCGACUUUGCGUCCAAUUAGAGUUGCCAACACACUCACAACUGAAAUGGAGUUUCUCUAUACGCCGCUGAAAAUAAAUGACUACCGAUUCGAACACGGCAUCUGUUUGUUCGGACCAAUUGAAAAUUCGGAUGUGUCUUACCAUGCAACUGUGUUUGACUUAAGUGGAAUAAUGAUUACCACUGUUAUCCUGGAAGUGAACAAAAGCGGCGACGACAUUGUGAGCAAUUUGUUUCGAGUACAGUCUCUACAUCCCAACACAACGUAUAAAAUUAAUAUGAAAGCUGUAAUUAUUGAUCGAGGACUUCAUGGACAACAAACGGAUGAUCUAUGCUUCCGCACAGCCCCGGGAAGGCCGGAACCACCAACGGAAGUUGAGAUUCUUUCACGUGGUCUUCAUUUUAUUGAGUUGGUAUGGAAAACUGCAAUUAACAACGGUGCAUUCAUCAGUCAUUAUCAUGUGUACAUUCACGAGAAUGAGUUGGAAGAUGGUCGUAUGAUGCAAACAGCCGAGGAAAAGAUUCAAAUUUCUAACUUGAUUCCACAAACGUGCUAUAAGAUUAGAAUCCAUUCAAUCAAUGCUCUGGGAGAAUCAAUGGAAGGCUAUGAACUUGAUGUGUGGACAAAACCAAACUCACCGCCGCUUGCCCCGGAAAACAUUUCUGUUUUCGCACAAUCACAUCGAUCGAUUCGUGUCAGUUGGGACAAGAACCCUAAUUGUACUAUCUGGAUUGAAGUUUACAAUUGUGCAUCAGGAAAGGGUGGAUACGCUCGGGAAAACUUUGGCGGAGAUCAGACAGUUAUUGGAGAACUUGACCCAGACACGGAAUACCAAAUGCGUGUCAUCGCUCGUAACGAGUUUGGAGAAGGGCAUUCUGAAUACAUCAACAUGAGAACACAGAAGUACCGCAAGAGUGAACAUCCUUCACGCUUCCGACAGUAUAGCGAUGAUCAUCGUAAGGUUAACUAUGAUCGUUCACCAUCUACACCAUUUUUUGUGCGUUUUGUUGACAACUGUCCAGAAAUGGCAUGGAAAAACUUUGCAUCACCACAAGACGAAAUCAGCUUUUUAGUUGAAGGAUCCACAUUUGAAAUGCCGGAAAAAUAUAUUCAGCUCUAUAGAGGAAAUUCUUCAUCACUCAUUGUUUUGGAUAGUAAAAUGCACUAUAUUCGAGUAAUAAACAUUUUCAAAAAAGGACAAAGAAGUCCGCCAUCAGAACGAGCUGUGAUUCCUCGUGAAUACUUUAAGUACAGACCGGAGAAAAUUACUGACGUGAAAAUUUCUUUGAGGAGUGAAAAUUGUGUGCUGGUUAAAUGGCAAACAUUGGAUAUCAAGUCAAACAAACUUCCCGAGACUUCAAAAAUUAUCUACUAUGUGCAACGAUGUGAUCUUACAGAAAAUCAAGUUUUAUGUGCAGGCGAAGAAGACCACUGUUUUUUUGAUAAUAUUCCUGGAGAGACCACAAUCAGUGUCCAAGUCCGUGCGGCUGUGUCCUUCCAUGAUGCUUUGACUCAUGGCGAUUGGAGUGUUCUCUCUCAUUUCACAACUCCACGAGGACUUCCUUCUCCGGUUAUCAACGCUAAGUUUAAUGUGAAAUGUUCAACUCUCUACUGGGAUUGCCUAGACAAAUCAACGGACCUUCAAUAUACAGUACACAUUCGACAGUUGCCAACUAAACGGGAUCUUCUUAAAGUGACAACAAAAGCGAAAAACAUUGUCUUAGAUAGUGUUCAACCUGGAGAAAAGUAUUCAGUGACACUUAUUUCUUUGACAACAGUUGGUAAAUCAAAACAACGUACUGAACUGGAAAUCAAUGUUCCCGCUUUGAAACCAAGUGCCCCAGAAGAUGUUGCAGUGUCCCAAGUGCAAAUUGAUAGAUGCACUGUGUCAUGGACAGCAGCAGAAGGAAAUGGAUCACCCAUUAUCGGUUACGUUGUUCGUAUGAUGUUGAAUGGAGAACUUUUCAGUGAGCAUUUUGUGACUGAAAGCGAAAACGAGACAAAUUACCGUCACGUGCUGAAGUACUUAGAUCCCAACACCGAGUACUUGAUCAAUAUUGCUGCAAAGAACUCGGUUGGAUUCAGUGAAAAGAUUGAAGCUGUUGUCAAAACAGUCCCACUCUGUCCAACUAUUCCAAAAAUAUGGUGCGACUGUGAAGCGACUGCUCUUAAAAUUCAUUGGGAUCGAGUGACAUCGGGCAAUAGCAUGAUGUAUAAAUUGAUGAAAAUUAACAAAAACGCGCAACAAGUCACAUUAUAUGAGGGAGAGAAUAAUACAGCAAAAGUGAAGAGCUUGAAAGAAAACACGAAAUAUGUUUUCAAGCUGCGAGUUUCUGAUCGAGCCACUGGGGCUUCUACAUGGUCCGAGUCAUUCUCAUUCAGCACAACAACUGCUCCACCACCGCCCUUGAAAAAAAGCCCAUCGACUGCACUUGUUUCCGGCCACUCUUACUUGUACCGUAUUGAAUGGGAAAACUGCCUUCCAGACAGUUCACAACAUUACUACAGACUUCAAAUUGCUGAUGCGACUGUAAAGGGAGCAAAGUGGCAACUGUGUUACGAAGGAAGAAAUCACUUCUACGAGUUGAACACCGAAACAUAUCCUGGGGCUUUACAUGUUCGAGUCAUGUGCGUGCGCAAACAUCUUGAAGAAGAAUUGAAAGGAAGUCCGAGUCCAGUUGGCUAUAUUGGAAAUGUUCCUCCUACUAUCGAGUCGGUAAAGAACGAGGAAAUUCAUCAAAAAUCUAGAUUGCAUCUUUUCACGACGGAUAGAGCAUAUGCGUAUUCUCUCUUGGUUUUGCUCAUUUUUCUCUUCUUAAUGAUUCUUAGCUUUUCCGAAAAAGCUUUUGAAUAUAUCACUGGAAUGCCUAUUGAAAAGUUGUCUUCGGGAAAUGCGGCAACAUCUCCUCCGUCUUCAAAACCCCCUCAAUAAGUUCAUUCUUCGACAUAAUAUUAUUGUUUUGUUUCAUUAUUUUGCUCUUUAUUUUUGCAUAUGCUGAUAGCCUUAAUUCUGUGUUUUCAAAUUUCCAGAAAUUAGUUGUUCCAAUGUCUUCAGUUGUUAAAAACAACUGUUUUUUUCUUGAAUUUCAUGUUUAAUUGACACUUCUCUUGAAGCUAAGCUCGUUACAUUUCUCAAAUGUUUCUUACUUUAUAUCAAAGUAUACCCGGUUAAAUUGAUUCCGAUUGAAAAUCCCCAAAAUUACAUCGUAGGACUCUAGAAGCUCUCACACAUCGUAUUAUUUUACAAACAUGGUCCCUUCUGUUCAUAUUUUUUAAUGUUGGUCAUCCGGUUUUUUGUUCAAAUUCAUUUCCUUUUUUCUUUUAUCAAUUUUAUGUUUCAUCCUGCCACUGUUGUAAAUGUUUGCCGUUGAUCGGAGGUGAAAAUUGUUCUCCCAUUUUUUUUUGUAAAUUGGAAAAAAGUAGUUCUCAAAUCAUUGAUAAUAUAUUUUCAGUAUUUUAUUAAUUUAAUAUUUCCCCUUUAUACUUGUGUCCAUUUAGCAAUGAAUGUAUAUAUUUGGAUUUGCAA